AUGCCAGGCGUGGACAGCGAGUUUCAAAUGACGUCACAGGGCGAUGAUGACGGCUUGUUGCUGUCCCUUGUAAAGCCGGGCGAGCACAUCACGUUAGAUUUGACGGCAAGCAGCGUGGUUGACCAGCAUAGCCAACUCACAAGACGCUACCACGACAAGUGGACCGUUACAAAGGAGAUCGACUCGGCAGAGGCUGUAUGCGAAUUUCUGAACAGGCUGCUGAUCGCGUUGCCCCCUCAUGCUGUCCAUUUCCAUUGCGGGCCAAUGACCGGGCAGACAGCCCUUUUCUACCGGGAACAUUUGGACGUGAUGCGGUCGCCGAUGCGCGUCACGCAUUUCCAGACAUCAGUGGACGUGCUCGUGCCGCGUCUAAGUGACGAACGUAGACUUUCCAGACAGCCCUACGAGCCCGGCUACCGACCCAUUGACAUCAUAGAGACGCUGGGCACGAAAAUCGGCAUCAACGAUCGGAUCGAGAUAUACCGCUGCACCACGGUAAGCCUU